AUUCAAAUAGAGGUUUUAUUUUUUUGGCUGAUGCAUAGCAUACAAUUGGAGGGAAUGGAUUUUGAGCGGUUAAAAGUUUCUCUCUCUCUCUCAGCAAUUUGUUGAUGGAUGAAUAAACAUACGCUCAUAGUCCUUAGCUUCAAGAACAAGAGUGCGCACGAUAAGUGAAUCUUCCUCUUACCCAUCUGUGCGUUGCUUAAACUACCCCGUCAAAAACACACAACGCGUAAACAAAUCAAAAUCAAAAACUGCUUUUAUUUUUAUUUUUAAUUUAUUUAUUUAUUUUUGUUAAUGAUCGAUGUCGAAGAUGAAGCAUCUACUAAGAAAGCUCCACAUCGGUGACCAUAACAACCGAUUUGGGGGCGAGACCCGACCCGUUUCGAGUUCAAACACGAGUCCCAGUACCACUCCGAGUCCGUCAAAUGAAAGAAUCGAGCCCGUUGAAUCCACGGCAGUGGAUCGGAUGGCUGUCGAAGCGAUUAGUAGUAGUAAUAGUAGUGGGAUUGAUUUUAAUUUAUUAGAGGAGGAAUUUCAAGUGCAAUUGGCUUUAGCGAUUAGUGCGUCGGAUCCGGAUUCGACUCUGGAUACGGAAUCUGCUCAGAUCGAUGCUGCUAAGCGGAUUAGUCUCCGGAGCUGUCCAGUCGUCCCCGUUACUGAUACCGAUUCUCUUGCUGAGUCUCUCUCUAUCCGAUACUGGAGCUAUAGUGUUGUAAAUUAUAAUGAAAAAGUGAUGGAUGGCUUUUAUGAUGUUUGUGGACUUACCUCAAACUCAGUUGUUCAAGGGAAUAUGCCAUUGUUAGUGGAUCUUCAAGCAAUAUCAAUAUCAGAAAAUGUUGAUUAUGAAGUUAUCAUGGUAAACCGAUAUGUUGAUGCUGAACUGCAAGAUCUUGAGAAAAGAGCUUAUAUCAUGUCCCUGGAAAGCAGAGUCUCUGAUGGCUUGAUCCAAAAAAUUGCUGAUGUUGUUGUUGAUAGAAUGGGUGGUCCGGUGAGUGAUGCUGGUGAGAUGUCAAGCAGGUGGAAAAGGCGAAGCAAAGAGCUACAGAACACUCUGAACUCUAUCAUUCUACCCCUUGGUUGUCUUGAUGUUGGACUUUCUCGCCACAGGGCCUUGCUCUUUAAGGUGAUAGCUGAUAGGAUUAAUCUCCCAUGUAUGCUGGUUAAAGGGAGCUACUAUACUGGCACUGAUGAUGGAGCUGUAAAUUUGAUUAAGAUGGACGAUGGAAGUGAAUACAUUAUUGAUCUGAUGGGUGCUCCGGGCACUCUAAUUCCUCCUGAGGUGCCCAGCAGCCAUCUUCCAACAGCUGGAUUUGACAUAAGUGGGUUCGCCAGUCUUACAGAAACCCCCAAAGAUUCAACUGCGUUGAUGGAUGAAGGAUGGUUCGCCAGUCUUACAGAAACCCCCAAAGAUUCAACUGCGUUGAUGGGUGAAGGAUGGUUCGCCAGUCUUACAGAAACCCCCAAAGAUUCAACUGCGUUGAUGGGUGAAGGAUCUGGGGUUCCUGCAAUUUCACCUAACCUGGAUAGGAUUCCCCAAGUUGGCAGCUCAACAUCAGGAGAAGGAUUAUAUGUCAGCAUCAAAACAAACGAGAAUGAUCUGAACUUAGUUGAGAAAAAUCAAAUUGAGAAAUUUGAAUAUGAUUUUGGGAAGCUCAGGUUAUCAGGUUCUGAAAAACCUUCAUCUGCACAAAAAAUUAAAGUUAAAAAUGUUUCCAAGUAUGUCAUCAGUGCAGCGAAGAAUCCUGAAUUUGCACAGAAAUUACACGCUGUCUUGUUAGAGAGUGGUGCAUCACCUCCUCCUGAUUUGUUUUCAGAUAUGAAUCUGGGUGGAUCAAAGCUGCUUGAGAAAGCUCACCCAGAAAACAGGGUAAAUCUAGGUGACCAGCUUCUCUGUUGUUUAGACGACAUGUUGACAGGGCAUGACCGGACCCUUAUGUCCUUAACUAGGGAGGGUAUGUUGAACAACAUUAGGUGUGAUUAUGAACAAGAACAGUUUGCUGAGGGCUCAGCCGAUGAACCUAGAAAAUUGAAUGUGAAUAUCUCAAAUUCUGACUUGUCUUUCCCUUCCGAUGUCACCAGUGAAGAAUUUGUGCUUCUUAAUAAUAGAACAAAUGAAGAAUUGCAAAUAGAUACCUCCGGCAUAGAUAUGGUGUCUAUUCAUGCAUCUGGAAUGGCUGGAAGUGCUAUGCAUGAGCAUCCGCUUCAUGAUUCUUUCUUGUUCUCUGGAUUGGAACCUUGCCAAUUACAACCUGAACAUGCCUUGGUUAGUAGUGACAACCAGUGCUUUCAGGAGAAAACAGGAAGGCUUUUUAACAUGGAAACUGGCAAAGAAUCUGAUUUCAAAUUGAUGGAAACAGCAAACAGUGGUCUGCAUACUAGCAAUGGUUACAGUGAGAGAAUAAACCCUAUGCUGGGGGAGGUGGCUGAAUGGGAAAUUCCAUGGGAGGAUCUUGAGAUCGGUGAACGUAUAGGCAUUGGUUCAUAUGGCGAGGUCUACCAUGGGGAUUGGAAUGGCACUGAAGUUGCUGUGAAGAAAUUUUUGAACCAGGGUUUCUCUGGUGAUGUGUUGGUUCAGUUCAAAUGUGAAGCUGAAAUCAUGCUAAGAUUAAGACAUCCUAACGUUGUUCUUUUCAUGGGAGCCGUUACUCGCCCCCCGCACCUAUCAAUACUAACUGAGUUCUUGCCCAGAGGGAGUUUGUAUAGGUUACUGCAUCGUCCCAAUUCUCAGAUUGAUGAAAAGAGGCGAAUGCAAAUGGCUCUUGAUGUGGCAAAGGGAAUGAAUUACUUGCACACUAGCCAUCCUACCAUAGUGCAUCGAGAUUUAAAAUCUCCUAAUCUCCUCGUCAACAAAAACUGGCUUGUUAAGGUCUGUGAUUUUGGAUUGUCACGCAUUAAGCACCAUACUUUUCUGUCCUCGAAGUCUACUGCUGGAACGCCUGAAUGGAUGGCACCUGAAGUCCUGAGAAAUGAACCAGCAAAUGAGAAAUGUGAUAUAUACAGCUUUGGUGUGAUACUAUGGGAGUUGGCUACGUGUCAAAUCCCUUGGAAAGGCUUAAAUCCAAUGCAGGUUGUGGGAGCUGUUGGAUUCCAAAAUCGACAUCUUGAAAUUCCAGGGUACAUUGAUCCAGCCAUUGCCCAGAUAAUACGAGAUUGUUGGCAAUUGGAGCCAAAUUUACGACCCUCUUUCGCACAGCUUAUAACCCGUCUUCGAUGCGCUCAACAUCUACUUGUUGAGACACCAAACCAUACAAACCAAACAGCAGACUGACUGGAAAAUGCUACCUCAAUAAUAGUUUGAGCUGUUUUUUUGCUCGAAGAGCUGGAGCAGCAGCAAGUUUUUUCAUUUGAUUUAUAAUAGUAAGAUAAUAUUGGACAGGGAAGUGUUGGUUCAUUCAAAGUGGGGACUCAACACUGGCCCUCUCAUUGAUCACACAGUGGAGAUCCUCUAAGUUAGUUAAACAACUGCAAUAAGUGCAGUGGAGGAUUCCAUGGAAAGUUUAAAUAUAGGCAACAUCACAUGUUUACAAUUCUUGUAAAAAAAAUCUCUCGAUUUCAUCUUUGGAGGUCUUUGCCCUACUCCGGAAUUGUAAACAUGUGAUCUCCACGGAUCAUUGUGGAAUUAAAAAGGAACAAAAAAAAAAAAAAAAAACAAUUAUGUCCCGGGCAUGUGUAUAUUUUCUUUGUUCUAUUCUAGCUCGUCGUAUCAAGUUUAGAUUUAUCAUCUAUGAGAUGGAUUUUCAUCAGAUAAAGCAAAUGUAGAGUCUAACCCUUUCGACCGCAAAUGGGCACGAAAAGCUUACAUGACUUGUAACAGAUACUUAUGGCCUCCUGAGCACUGUUUAAUCUUUGCCUAGAAUGAAAUUGCUUCUCCAUGUUUCCUA